GGGGGUGACAGGUUACUUGCAAGAUGCUGUGAAGAUGGCGGCCCUCUUGGUAGAAACAUGCCAUGUUGCCUGUUGUGCAAACCGCACUCCCAAUGUUGUUUCUUGGGGGAGAGGAGGGAUUGUUGCAUACGGGACAUGCAAUUCCGUAGCGCUCUACCACCCACUGAAAAGAAGAGUACUGUCUACCCUUAAUGGACACACGGGGAGAGUUAACUGUGUGCAGUGGGUUCACAAGAAAGACUGCGGUCCAGAAUCUGAGCUUGUGUCAGGAGGUUCAGAUAACCUGGUCCUUGUUUGGGAGGAACAGGAUGGAAAGUUCUCAAAGUCUGGAGAACUUUGUGGCCACACUGGGGCAGUCUGUGCGGUUGAUGCUGUUUACCAGGAUACAGAAGCUCCCUAUCAACUACUCAUAGCCUCAGCUGCUUCCGAUUCCACAGUCAAAAUCUGGACUAGACAAGGCUCAGAGAUACAGUGUGUUCAAACCAUAUCGUUUGGAAAUGGAUUUGUUAUGGACGUCUCCCUAGCGCUGUUGCCGGGCAGUAGUGUUCCUGUUUUGGCUUGUGGGGGUGAUGACUGUAAAGUUCAUAUAUUUAUACAGCAGAGUGGGCAGUUUCAGAAGGUCCUCUCGCUCCAUGGACAUGAAGACUGGAUCCGAGGAUUAGAGUGGACUGUUCACGGUGAGGAUAUUUUAUUGGCGAGCUGUGCACAAGACUGCAUGAUACGGAUCUGGCGAGUCUUUGCAAAGCCUGACUUUAGUCCUGAAUCCCUGGAGGAGGACACUAUCAAACUUAAGGAGGAUUUCUUCAUGGUACAAGCAAAGGAUUGUUGCACAUCAUUUGCAGUUACCUUGGAGACUGUGUUGGCAGGCCAUGAAAACUUGGUGUAUGGGGUUCACUGGCAGCCUCCUUUUCUAAAAGAUGGCGUUAUCCAACAGCCAAUGUGUCUGCUGUCUGCCUCAAUGGAUAAAACUAUGAUCCUGUGGUCUCCUGAUGAAGAGUCGGGUGUGUGGCUAGAGCAGGUCCGCGUUGGGGAGGUUGGUGGAAACACGCUGGGAUUUUAUGGCUGUCAGAUGAGUCCUGAUGGGUCCAUGAUUCUUGCUCACGCAUUCCAUGGGGCUCUCCAUCUUUGGUGCCAGGAUCCUUCUAAAGAGGAUGAAUGGUGCCCCACAGUUGUAAUUUCCGGACACUUCAAUAGUGUUCAAGACCUGAGCUGGGAUCCUGAAGGUGAAUUCAUUGUGAGUGUCAGCUCUGACCAGACCACAAGGCUCUUUGCUCCCUGGAGAAGAGAAAACCAGAACCAGGUGACUUGGCAUGAAAUUUCCCGGCCGCAGAUUCACGGAUAUGACAUGCAGUGCUUCGCAAUGGUUGGACGUUUCCAGUUUGUUUCCGGGGCAGAUGAGAAGGUUCUCCGGGUCUUCAGCGCUCCAAGGAACUUUGUGGAAAACUUCAGCAACAUCUCAGGGUUGUCACUGGAAAAGCUUCUGGCCUGCAGUGAAGGUGUUGACCUCCCUGAAGGUGCCAGCAUACCUGCACUGGGACUUUCAAACAAGGCUGUCUUUCAAAGUGACCGGAGGGCUCAGACCCCUGAAGAUGAGGAGCAGUUCUCCGGUGCAUCUGCUCAGUAUAGCGAGUCCUACUUCCAGCCAGUCGUUCUCACAGAGCCACCUCCAGAGGACCACCUCCUACAAAACACACUGUGGCCUGAAGUUCAGAAACUGUAUGGACACGGCUAUGAAAUGUUCUGUGUGGCUUCUAAUCGCGCAAAAACAGUGGUGGCCUCUGCAUGCAAGGUAACUAAAGCACAACACAACUCGGCAUAUGGCCGCGAUCCUCUUCUCUUGUGGAGCACCACCAGCUGGAAGCAGCUGUGCAGCCUGGCCCUGCACAGCCUCACAGUCACUCAGAUGGCCUUCUCUCCUGACAGCAGGUUCCUCCUUGCAGUGUCUAGAGACAGGACCUGGUCUCUGUGGAGGCAGAAAGAUGAGACCUCAUCUGAUACUGGGCCUUGUUUUACUCUCUAUGCACACACCGAUAAGAACACCUCUGUGCACAGCCGAAUCAUUUGGUCAUGUGACUGGAGCCCAGACAGCACGUAUUUUAUCACAGGAAGCAGAGAUAAAAAGGUUAUUGUAUGGGGAAACUGUGACUCUUCUGAAAAUGCAGCAGAGAAAGAAGUUGCCAUUCAUCCUUGCUCUUCAGUGCUGGAUGUCGGAGAAGCAGCCACUGCUGUCAGCUUUGCCCCUGUGUUGAGCCCAGAUCAGAGCUACAUCCUGGCAGUUGGUCUAGAGGGUGGGAAGAUUAUUCUAUUCAAAUGGAAGCCAUCAGGAGAUACCACUGCUGGAACAGACUGGCUUCAUUGUGGAGAAUUGGAUACAUUCCAGUGCCAUGCCCUCGCAAUCAAGCGCCUGUGCUGGAGACCGCGUGUGGGCAGAGCAGGCCACGGAGAUGACGGCGGGGACAGUGCGUGGAUACAGCUGGCCAGUGCAGGAGCCGACCACUGCAUGAAGAUAUUUAAUGUUAACAGACUGUCUCUUUAGCUUAACAGAUGGCACUACCUACCUCUCUUAGCAUGUUGUUUAGUGCUUCUGAUCACUAGCACAAAUAGAGGUGCUUGUCCAAUGGAUUCACUGGAAUACAAGGGGUGGGUAAUGUGACACUAAUCAGACUGCCUUAAACUGUUUAUCUUGUGCUCCAGUUUACACAUGAACGAUAAGGGUGAUUUGGUAUCCACAGAGUGUCUUUACCCCGUGGCGUCUUGACACCAGCUAAUGCUGAAAAACUGUGUCUUGAUACUGACACAUGAUUACUCAUGUAGAUGUAAUAACUCAACCACCUUGUCAAAUGGGUAAAUAAAAAGUAGCAGUUGAGUAAGUUAUUACAUGAAUGUUUCUUCAAAUAAUUAUGUAUCUUGACUGUGACAAAAUAAUUCCAUAAAUCUUACUUGUGGUGGACUUAUAUUCAUUGUAUUUGCUCAGUUGUCCAGGUUUGAAAGAAACACACAUUAUUGUAAACAUGUAUAAAAUAAUAAUCAUCAUAUCUGGUGCGCUACUCAGUUAACAAAACCUUUGUUUGAUAUUGUUGCUUUCAGAUAAUGUUGCCCUUGCGUGGUCAUUUCUCCUGGAGAGUGAAACUGACCCCACCCUUU